GUGAUUGAGCAAUGCCUUGGACUCAAACCCCAUUACUCACAGUCUGUUGGAUUCUGGACUGUCUGAGAAAAAUCUCAGCCCAGAAGGAGGAAGAACAGCAGAAUCUGAGUUCUGUGUUGGAGCUGAGGCCCUUCUCCUCAGAGGAAGGACAGCAAGUGAGAAGAUUAAUGAAGAAGUCCUCUGUGAUUCUCUGCAGUGGGUGUACUCCCUGGCAGGGGCUGAUCACAGCCUCCCUGUUAACCUUCUGGCUCCUGUCCAUCACUGCCACUGUAAACACUGAAUCAAUGCCACUCCUUGUGGCUGAAGGAGAAAACAUCCUUUUCCCUGUCCAAGAUCUUCCAGAGAAUAUUAUGGCCGUAGCCUGGUUCAAAGGACAAACAAAGAUGACACAAGGAAUUGCAUUGUAUGCACUGCAUAGUGAUUUAAGUUGCCCAGGUUCUGUGCACAGUGGUAGAGAGACAAUAUAUCGCAACGGAUCCCUGCUGCUAGAAAGGGUCACCCAGAAUGACACAGGAUUUUAUACCCUGCGAACCUUUAAUAGACACAGAAAAAUCAUGUCAGCAACAUCCAUUUACCUCCAUGUGCAUGCUUUCCUUUGGAAGUGUGGGCACCUUGCUACCUCUGCCAAGCCCACUAUUGAAUUAGUGCCACCCAGAGUUGCUGAAGGGGGAAGUGUUCUUCUACUUGUUCGCAACCCCCCAGAGAAUACUUUAGGCUUUGUCUGGUUCAAAGGAAUGACUGAGUUCAAGAAUCUUGUGGCUGCCAGAUUUCUAUUAGACAGGAAAUCAAUUGUGUGGGGGCCUGCAUACAGUGGCAGAGAGAUGUUGCACAGUGAUGGAUCCUUGCUGCUACGUGGUGUGACUCAGAAAGAUUCUGGACUCUAUACCCUAAGAAUUCAUAGAACAGAUAUGGGAAAUGAAGAAACACAAGUGCAACUCCACGUGUACACUUCCCUUUCUCUCUUCUGUAACCCUCUCACAUCCUCCCAACUCAUGAUCCAAGUGGUGCCUCGGUAUCCUGCUGAAGGGGAAAGCGUUCUUCUACAAGUUCAUAAUCUUCCAGAAGACCUGAUAUCCUUUUUCUGGUACAAAUCAAAGUAUAGUACCUUCGCACUUAAAAUUGUAGAAUACAGUGGUGACAUGAAUUCCAUCUUGUGGUGGCCUUCACAUGGGAGAAGAUGGAUGGUGUAUGAAAAUGGAUCCCUGAUGCUCCAGGAUGUCACUGAAAAAGAUGCAGGAUUGUACACACUUGAAGUUUUAAACAAAGAUUUCAAUAUUGAAAAAGCAUUUGUAGAAUUUUAUGUAAAGAAAUAUGUGACACAGCCCUUUCUGAGAAUCACUGAUACCACAGUCAGAGGACGUAGAUCUGUGAUCUUCACGUGCAUUUCACCCGACACUGACAUCUCUAUUCGUUGGAUCUUCAAUAACCAGAAUCUGCAGCUCACAGAGAGGAUGACUCUUUCCCCAACGAAGUGCGGACUCAGAAUAGAUCCUGUUGGGUAUGAGGAUGCUGGAGAGUAUCAGUGUGAGGUCUCCAACCGAUUCAGUUUGAAGACCAGUCUCCCAGUCUGGUGGCCAUGAUGAGUGAGUGAUCUCUCCUCUCAUCCCACAGCAGAAUGGGGACCUUUACUUAUCAAUGGGGUAUAAAAUAGAGAAUAGUUUUGUGGUGGAAAUGAUUAGUUACUACUCAGCUACAGCCAGAAUGGUGACUCAUACCUAUAAUCCAGCCAUACAUGUCUGUACAAGGGAAGGCCAGGAUUUAAAGUGCGGUUAUUAUAAAAGGAAAAUAAAGACAUCAGUAUGAUAAGCAAAAAUAAAAGGCAUUAAGAGCUUAGGUUGUGGUUGAAAUAUAUAUCAGUUCUUCUGAAUUCAUGGAAACUAAUUUCAGGAUCCCUUAAUUUUUUGGAUGCUCUGAGUCUGCUGUGAAAUUGGUGCAUUUUUUUGAUUUAGAAAAACAUCCUCUCAUAUGCUCAAAUACAUUCCUUGCUUAACUAAUUCACCUAGGUCCAAUGCUGCCUGCACACCAGUCAUCCAUGUGAAGUGAGGAAGAGUGACAGGAGAAGGGUCUGCCCAUGAUUCACUGUGGACAUAGCUGGUUUCUAAAUAGCUAUGAUCCACAGUUUGUUUGAUACACAGAUGUAAAAUCCUUCAUGUAUGGGCUGGUCGUGCUGUUUUCAUUCUGAAAGUGGCAUUCACAGUGGGACCUUGCCCAUGAGUGUUUCCUGUUAAUACGUAUAUCUUUACUUUUUAUUUUCCUCUCAUUUAUUACAUCCUGACCACAGUUUCUCCUCCCUCCACCCCUCCCUUAA